AGGUGGCCGCCGCCAGGAAGCCCUCUCCCGCGACCUCUUUCCCCUACCUUUCCCAGCAAGGAAAAGAGAGCGAAAACGACACCGUCACGUGAUCUUCAGGUACGUCGUGUCACGUGACUAUUUCGAAUAUUUUUGCGGCGGGAGAGCGAGGGAGAAAGGAAGAAGGUAGAAGGAAGUACGAGCGAACUGGAAAGAGGGAAGCGGCGAGGGAAAACGAAGAGUCGACGACGCCCCGGCCGCUUGUGAAGCCUGCGAACGAGCAACGUCCAACGGCUGCGGCGCUGCAGUGAGCGCACUGUUUUGUAGAUCGGUGCACCGCUCGCCUGCUUGUCUUUCCUACCUGCCCACUGCCAUUCGACGGACCCUACGAAAUCAGCGAUCUCCGCCGCAAUGGAAGUCCUCGUGUUCCUCGCCUCGUUGGUGUGCUUGGCCUCCUGCCAACAGAGCCCUGUGAUUUCGUCCAUCAGCCAAGAAAGGGUCGUCAACAUUGGGGACACUGUGGACCUUGAGUGUUCUGUUCAAUAUAUAUCUGAGUAUUCUGUAAUCUGGGUAAAGCUAAAUGAAGGCAAUAACAACUUGUUCAUCUCCACUGGAAGCAAGAUUGUGGUGCCAGGACAGAGGUUCUCCAUUCGGCAUGACGAAUCCAGCAGCACCUACACGCUCCAGAUCACCAAGCUGCAGGAGACAGACACUGGGCUGUACCAGUGCCAGAUCGUCAUUGGUGCCACCAGCAAGAUCACCGCCGACGUCUGGGUCCACGUGAGAGUGCCUCCCAUCAUCUCGGACAACAGCACCCGGUCAAUCGUCACCAGCACGGGCACUAAUGUGUCCCUGGAGUGCUACGCUGGCGGCUACCCGACUCCCAGGGUGUUCUGGAGGAGAGAGAACAACGACCUACUCCCGACCGGCGGCACCGAGUACAAGGGCAACGUCCUCAACAUCUACAAUGUGACCAAGGACGACCGCGGAACCUACUACUGCAUCGCCGACAACAGCGUGGGCGAGGGCGCUCGCAGGAACAUCGGUGUUGAGGUGGAAUUCGCACCAGUGGUCACCGUGGACCGACCACGCUACGGGCAGGCUCUCCAGAAUCCCAUGGACCUGCAGUGCCACAUCGAGGCCUUCCCGUCCCCCUCAGUGCUCUGGCUCAAGGACGACUACCACCUGACCGACAACCAGUUCUACCAGAUCUCCAUCUUCUCCACUGCCGACGAGUUCACGGACUCCACCUUGCGCAUCAUCUCCAUUGAGAAGAAGCAGUACGGAAACUACACCUGCAAAGCCAUCAACAAGCUCGGGUCGGACGAGCAGGUCGUGGAGUUGUACGAGACUGUCAACGUCAUCUGCCCUCCAGCCUGUGAUAAGUCUUACUCAUCUGGUGCCACGCGUCUACAGACGCGCUCACUGUGGUUCUUGCAGCUCGCUGCUUGGGCCGCUUUGUUCUUUUGGGUUAAUGGGAAGCACUGAUCAUUCUGCCUUUAUGCCAGGUUCGGAACGUGAUGAUAGGAAGAGCCAUACUUAAGAGCAGCAGAGCCGGAACGAUUUAGUCAAGCCAUAGAUAUCUUGUUUAUGUUUUUCCUUGUCGCAGCAUUUAUGGCUGGCUGUUUCCCUUUCACCCUCAUUGUCAUAACGAACAGCUGUGAUAAGUGCGCAACCUCUUUUUCAAGGAACUAAGAUUUCACCAGCUCUCACAUUGAUAUGGAGCUAUGGAGGAACAUUCAAGGAGCCUGAUCACCUCGAGUUUUUGGGAUUAUGCAAAAGGCAGCAUUUUAUCUGCCUCAUAGGACAUGACUCCCAAUUGCAUUUGGAAGGUUUUCAAAAUUUGCCAAUAUUGGUGACCAUGAGGGCAUUAAUUUCUUUUUAUUCAAUUCUUAUCUUCAAAGUGAGGGUCUGAAAUAAUUUACUGUAUGAAACUUUCAAAUUGUAUGCUCCAGAUGCAGCAUAGUGUAACUUAUUUGUUAGAUUAGUAUUGCUUUUAAUGACUAAUUUCAACACGUAUCAAGGUCUCUUUCUUAACCCUAUGGUGGUGUUUUCUCCCCUAACAUGUGCUGAACUUCGGGUGUCUCUUCAGGGAGCUAAAUCUCAAAUGCACUGGUUUGCAAUCAGCUCAUUUCAAAAAAGCUUCCCAAACUAGCUUAUAAUAUUUUAUUUUGUAUAACUUUUACUUAAAAGAUCUGGCAAGUGAGAUAGACUUGGUUUACACCAUUUAAUUAAGGGUGGGUGUCGUAAGAAAGUGUAGCUUGGCAUGUCCUCUUUUUAGAAAGCAAACCAGCUCAUAAUAUUUUUUAUCUGACAUAACUUUUUAAAAGAUCUGAUAUUCAAUAAUAUUGUUCUUGCCACAUUGUUAUAUAUAUUAAGUUGGCCAAGUAUUUUCACUGCAAUGAUUUUGAUUACCAUAUACUAUACUCUAAGUGGCAGGAACUUUUGUAGGUGUCUCAUUGUGUGAUGCCACUGUUAUGGGGCCUUAAAGCUGAACCUAUUCCAUGGGCAUAAGCGGUAUUAUUUUUAUUUAUUUUUUGUGGCUAGCUCUUUUCAUGCCUGGGGGCCUUUACUAUUGGACGACUAUUUAACUGCACGACUGGUAUUCUAAGUGCACUCCUCAUGUUCUUGUCCAAUUUUCAUGUGCUCUCUUAUCAUAUUUUUCUACGGAGGAAAGUUAGCCUUUGCUAGCUUUCGAUUUACUUCUGAAUAACCUAGAGGACUUCAUUCUCAUAAUUCAUAACUUGUACAUACGAACAAAACCUUGUGUUCUACUUCAGGCAAGUAUGCAUGCAUGCAAAUCAAUGGAAGCUGAACUAUGCACUAAGGAUCUUGUGCUUGAGUUGUUGCACAGAUCACUAUUAUGUAGCUAACAAUCCAAUUGUCAUCUAAGUGCUAUGUUUUGGAAGCGAAUGUGUCAUGAAUUUGUACUGUACUGUUUUAUUGUGUAAAAGUAAACAUGAUUUUUUCUAUUUUUCUAUCGAAUAAAUACUUUAUACUCUUCUA